CUCAGAACGGGGCUGGGGUCGCAACGGGUGUUCCCAGAACCCUAGAGUAGGAAGUGAGACUCGAAACUGCUCACCCCUCGCCUCCACCACCUCCCAGCUCCAACCACCCUCCUGGACACAUCUCCCCACCCUCUCAAGUCUUAGAGACGCUUCGGAUGCCGGAGAUUUUAUUGGCCGCUGGGGUAGGACCCUCCACCAAGAGUUAGACGCUGGCCACUUCUCACCCCACUGCGCGAACGAACCCCUUCUACUUUUAGCCUCCCCGGGGCCUCAUCCUUCACCCCAUCUAUUUCCGCAGGUCAUGAUGAUGGGCAGCGUCCGAGUGGCCGAGCUGCUGCUGCUCCACGGCGCGGACCCCAACUGCGCGGACCCCGCCACCCUCACCCGACCCGUGCACGACGCAGCCCGGGAGGGAUUCCUGGACACGCUGGUGGCGCUGCACCGAGCCGGGGCGCGGCUGGACGUGCGCGACGCCUGGGGCCGCCUGCCCGUGGACCUGGCUGAGGAGCGGGGCCACCGCGACGUCGUCCGGUACCUGCGCGCGGCCGCACGGGACACCGGAGGCGGUAGCCACGCUCACGCAGACGCCGCGGAAGGUCCCGCAGAGAGUCCCAGCCUAAAGCAUCAUUGAAAUCUUCGACAACAUAAUUUGAUCACAGAAGGGUGAAAAUCGUCGAAGUGUGAAAAUUUCCUACCAUCUUAAUUAAAACUAAAUAAAUAUAUAAAAAUU